GUCGUUAACUCAAAGCGGAGGAGGACAAGAAGAAACGCGCAGAGACCAGGGGAGGUCUGACGACACAGCAAGAGCGACGGACAACGACCAAAGCAAAAGACAGCAACUGCAAGGAUGCGAUUUGAAACUGGAUUCUAACUAUGUUGAUGCAGAAACUUCAAGAGUUACUUUCAAGAUUUUAAAGACAUCUGGAAGUUUAUUUCUUUGCUGGAGCCAAAAACAGAAUUGGUUACAAAUGGCUGCAACUUUUGGACAUUGGAGUUUGCUUGUGAGGAUGGAAAUGUUGAAACCAAUGAUUUUCUUUGCUGUUCCCUGAUUUUGCAAGAAAAAAUUGAGCUAUUUUCGCCAAAACAAAACGCCAACACAACUUAAACUCACUUCAAAUCGUGCAGGAACUUCCAACUAUUUGCUGAAAUGUUGCGGUACAAAUUCAGUUGCAACUUGCUGUCACUUGCUGUAGUCUUGGUGGUUGCAGGCUGCAUAGGAGGGGACCAGCGGAGAGGGGCGGACAGCACAGCGAGCAGCACAGGUGGUAGUAGUAGUAGUAGUAGUAGUAGUAGCAGUAGUAGUAGUAGUAAUAGUGGAAGCAGUUACAGUAGUAGACGCUUCCACAGGAUUCAACACGGACAGUGCACCUACACGUUCAUUUUACCAGAAACUGAAGGAUCAUGUCGGGAUAUAAGAUCUAGUAGUGGCAGUAGUAGUAGUAGCAGCAGUAGUAGUAGUAGUAGUAGUCAGCAGUACAAUACAAACUCACUGCAGAGGGACGCACCUCCAGAACCUGAGUUUCCGAGUCAGAAGAUCCAGCAGCUCGAGCAUAUUAUGGCGAACUACACCCAGUGGCUCCAAAAGAUUGAAAACUACAUCAAGGAGAGCAUGAAGACAGAGAUGGUUCAGCUGCAGCAGAGCGCCGUACACAACCACACUGCGGCCAUGUUACAAAUGGGCACUAACCUCUUGUCCCAAACGGCCGAACAAACGCGCAAACUCACCGAUGUGGAGACCCAGGUCCUGAAUCAGACAUCGAGGCUUGAAAUCCAACUUCUGGAAAACUCUCUGUCCACCAACAAACUGGAGAAGCAGCUGAUGCUCCAGACCAAUGAGAUCAGCAAGCUCCAUGACAAAAACAGUCUGUUGGAGCAGAAGAUGCAGGAGAUGGAGGAGAGACACAGGGAGGAAUUGGACACACUGAAGCAGGAGAAGGGAAGUCUGCAGACCCUGGUGGGGAGGCAGAGCGGGGUCAUCCGGGAGCUAGAGACGCAGCUGAACAAAGCCACCGGGAACAGCAGCGCCCUCCAGAGGCAACAGCAGGAGAUGAUGGACACGGUGCACAACCUCAUCAAUCUCUGCUCCAAGGACGGGGUUGUUCCAAACAGCACAAAGACAGUAGAAGAGGAGAAGAAGUUUCGGGAUUGUGCAGAUCUGUAUCAGAACGGAAUCCGAAAAAAUGGGAUCUACACCAUCCAGCCCACACCUCAGGAAACCAAGAAGGUCUACUGUAACAUGGAAUCAGCUGGAGGAGGUUGGACAGUCAUUCAACGCAGAGAAGACGGCAGCGUGGACUUUCAGAGGACCUGGAAGGAGUACAAAAUGGGCUUUGGGAGUGUGUCGGGGGAGCACUGGUUGGGUAAUGAGGCUGUGUACCAGCUGACAGCGCAGAGACAGUACGCCCUGAGAGUGGAGCUCACAGACUGGGACGGGCAUCAGGCUUUCUCUCUCUACGACCGCUUCCAGAUCGGCAGCGAAAAGCAGAAUUACAGGCUCUUCCUUAAAAGCCACAGUGGGACCGCGGGCCGACAGAGCAGCCUGGUGAUCCACGGAGCAGACUUCAGCACCAAGGACGUGGACAACGACAACUGCAUGUGCAAGUGUGCGCUCAUGCUAACCGGCGGUUGGUGGUUCGACGCCUGCGGUCCGUCCAACCUUAACGGAGUGUACUUCCCUCAAGGACAACACAUCGGGAAGUUAAACGGGAUCAAGUGGCAUUAUUUUAAAGGCCCCAGCUACUCCCUCCGAGCCACCGCCAUGAUGAUACGGCCCCAGGACUUUUCCUAGUGCCCCCCUCUUCCCUUCCCUUCACGGGACGCUUCAUUUUUGUUUUACAGCUCAAAUCAUCUCAUAUGUUUGGCGUCGGAUGUCUAGAAUUAUUUUUGAAAAGCCAAGCGAACUUUUUGCGUCUGUGACUGUAUUGUUUUGCUUUCCUCUGUAUAACUCGAUGGACACCAGAAGAGGAUUUUAACCUAACAGUAUGGAUUAUUUAUGGACUAACAUAACGUGUAAAGAUAUUGCGAUAUAAAUACGGAGAAAAUGAACUCUUUUUGUACCUUUUGCUGAACGGGACGCUGCUGUUACCGAGUGGCGCCUUCUGAACUGCGGGACAGACUUGUAUUGUUACUGUUUUCAUGACAUGUUUUUGUAUUGCAACAAGUGUAUGUUAAAGUCCAUUAUGUGUUUGUAUCAUAGUGUUACCCUGUAUCUAUAAAAUAUUCAUGU